AUGUUGCGCCGCUUCCGAUUCGGUCGACUUGGAUCGCUCCCCAUCCAGCCACACGCCGCCCUCUCGCGCCUCUUUCAACUACGAAAUGCUCCGCUCACAUCCCUGCGCGCCCUUCCACGGGAGCCACCGCGCGCAUGUCCCUAUGAUGCGCGUCCGCGCCACUUCACGGUGGUGGCGGGGCGGCGGAACCACGGGGGAGGCGCGAUGAAGCAGCGCCCAAAGGACUGGCGCCCGCAGUCCACCCCCUUCCACGCGCGCAACCGCAGCCCCCGGCGGAACGACCGAGCCGUUCCGCUGGGCCCGCGGGGCGGAAACGGGGGCGAUGGCGGAGACGGUUCCGCGGAGAGCGCAGGGCGGAUGCAGCGCGAUGUGGCGGAUCUGGGCGCGGAUUGGCGGCUGGGACCGGGGGAAGCCGUGGGGAGAGUCAUGUCCGCUCAGGCUAACUUCGUACGCGUGAUUGUAACGAGAUGCGGUGUAGAAGGCGGGGGAGAGGUCAUCGAGGAGCGAGGAGAGGAGUCGGACCGAGGCAGUAACGGUCAAUCACCCCAAGGUGGGGGAGGAGCGGCUUCAAGGGGCGCAGCGGAGCAGCAAGGAGGGGAGCAGAGGCGGCAGGGGGAGGGUACGGAAAGAAGGGAGGGGAGAGAGGAGGAGAGGGAGGGGGUUGAGUUGCUGUGUGUGGUGCGAGCACUACUUAAGAAACUCAGGAGGAGGGUUUUAGUAGGGGACGUUGUAAGGCUAGGUGGGAUUGAUUGGGCUGCCCGCCAGGCUGUCGUUCAAGACGUUGCCCUGCCCCGGGCAUCUGAAAUUUUGGACCCGCCCGUGGCGAACGCGGACCACCUGCUGCUGCUUUUUUCGCUUGCCCAGCCGCCGCCCGAGCCGUCGAACGUGAGCCGGUUUCUGGUGGCUGCGGAGGCGACAGGUGUCGCCGUGUCAUUGGUGUUCAACAAGGCGGAUCUAGUGGAUGAGGAGGUGAGGCUUGAUGGUUGUUAUUUCCUCUCCUCCUCCUUCGCCUCUUUUUUGUUUUCCCUAAACCCUAAACCUCCCCCGUUCUACCCUCCCUCCCAUCAGGCAGUGCGGGAGUGGCAGCAGCGAGCAGCAGAGUGGACUUACCAGAUGCUUACAUGCCGUGCUUACAUGCCGUGCUUACAUGCCGUGCUUACAUGCCGUGCUUACAUGCCGUGCUUACGUCCUGUAGUGCGGGAGUGGCAGCAGCAGGCAGCAGAGUGGGGCUAUCGGAUGCCCACAUGCGGUAGUGCGGGAGUGGCAGCAGCAGGUUUCAUGGAAGUGCGGGAGUGGCAGCAGCGGGCGGCAGAGUGGGGUUACCAGAUGCUCACAUGCAGUGUGGAGCGGCGGAUCGGAAUCCGCCACCUGGCAGGCCCGGGAGGCCUCUUGGCUGGGCGCACUACAGUGAUUGCCGGGCCGAGCGGGGUCGGCAACCUUCUCUCUGCCCAUCCUUCUCUCUCUCGCAUACUUUUCUCUCGCCCAUCCUUCUCCUUCCUCCUUUUUCCCCUGUCCCAUCCUUCUCGCUCGCCCGUCCUUCUCCCCUCCCUUCACCCCUCUCCUCCCCUUCCUCUUCCUCCUUGUCUCCAAACGUGCCCUUUGAAGUUUGCACUAUUUUUCAACAACACAGAUUCGUUCCCGUCUAGCUGCCUCCCCCACCUCCUGCGCAUUCAAUGGUUCCCUCCUUCCCCCCUUCCCCCCUUCCCUUUUCGUCCUCUCUGCCCCUUUGAACUCCGUCUCAUUCUCCCAACAACACAGAUUCGUUCCCGUCUAGCUGCCUCCCCCACCUCCUGCGCAUUCGCCGACUGCCGCCACAUCAGCGAGCCCGGGUGUGCGGUGGACAGCGGUUGGGAGCGGUACCGGCACUACGUGAUGCUGAUGGACGAAAUCAGAGCGCGGGAAGCAGCUGAAAUCCGGGCCGUUGGUACCAAGAGGGAGGGGGAUGUGAGGUUGAAGAGUGGGGGGUAUGGGGUGGUGGUGGCAGAACCGAGACUAGAAGCAAAGAAGCACCGAAGGGAAUCGAGGAAGAAAGGGAAGCAGCUGCUGCUGCAACAACUGGCUGUGGAGGAAGAGGAGGAUGAGGAGGAGGAAGGUGUGGGGUUUGCAGGGGGAUAUGAGGGGGUUGUAAAGAGGCGGUGA